AUGCAGAAUUUAGAAGAGUCAAACGACGAUUCCGUGGAUUACCCAAUGGAAACGCCACGAACAGAACCCGAUCGCAGCGUCAACCCGCCCACCGCGGGGGUGUCUCGAUCGGCACCGAGAGCCUGGGACCGCGACGUUCGAGGGCGCAAGGGACCCGUAGAGGAUCACGAUUGGGCGGAUCCGGUUCUGCCCGAGUUCUUUCGGGAACUGGCCUCCCAGAUGGCACGGGGGUAG